AUGUCGUCUUAUAUAGCUGCUACAGCAGCAAGGAAGGCAGCAUUUACAAAACAUGUAGAUCGGCUUGUCUGCACGUGUAACUGCCCACUCGUCAAAAUUCCGACACUGACACACGCUGCUGUGGAUCGUGCGGGUUUCAGUGGAACACACACAAAGGGGAAAGAGAAGCACAGUUCUGGGUGCGAAAAUGUACUAGGUGCAGCUGUUGUCCUUGCUUAUACCUUUGGGUUUCUUCCUAGCAAAGCAGCGCCACGACACAGUGCUAGUGGUGGUUCGAGCCAUUUAAAUCCGAUAAUUAGCGUUCUCUGCCGCCGUUAUCGUUGUGGUUGCUGCAGCCGCUACCCCUGCAGGCUGCCUUGCCACAAGGCUUCAAGUUUUCUAACGGCACCAACUGCUGCCGUAACGACUCAAACCAAAAGACAUUGUCUGCUACAUCAAACUCGUUGGUGUCUCUUUUGCUCGUCCUCAGCGUGCUACCCUCAUGUGCUCUUCUCUCCCUCAGCCUCAGAAGGCACCGACACUCCAUUCCGUCAAUCUAGUCCACAUAAGCCCUUGGGAUCUUGGAAGCCACAUUGGCAACAGUUACGCCCACUGGCCUUCUUCCGUACACAGGCAGCAACUGUUACCGUUCACGCUCAACAGAAGGUCUGUAGAGUGAGUUUGUCGGGUCCCGAAUGUCUGCAUUUUCAUGCAUCUUUGGACAGGGUCACCUCAGCCUGCCGUAGCCAAAAGAUGGGUUGCACACAGUCAUCCGCGGCUUCCCCACAGGGGGCUUCCGUCGCGACCGCUGGCCAUCGUAACGGUCCUCCAGGGACUGGUGGGGGCACUCAAGGUGACCCUCUGCCCGAGGUGGUGCUGCAAAGUGUCGCUACAGCUCAACCGGCUGGCAAGAUGCGGCCUAACGAAGCAUGCGCCCUUGGCGGAUCCGCCGCCCCUCAGCUAUCUACCGCAGAAGUUGAUGCCCCCAUUGUCGUAGGGACAGUCUGUACGCCCCCCCCGGCAGGCAGAGAAGGUGGCAUUAUGAAGGUUGGAACCCCCCCAGACAACCUGCAAGAGAUUCCGGGGGAGCCCUGCGGCAGCGGGAGAGUGAAAAGGGACGAAGUGAAGCUCAGCGGUGGCAUGACCUACGCAGGCACAUGGAAGGGAUCCGCGAUUGACGGCCAUGGGACGCUAAAAGCUUCCGAUGGAUCGACAUACACAGGGCAGUUUGUCAACGGGAAGCUCGAGGGGCAGGGUAUCUGGGAAUCCCCUGCAGGCGAGCGAUACGAAGGGCACUGGAAGGAUGGAAAAGGGGAUGGGAAAGGCAAACUCACAAACGAAGACGGGUCUUCCUACGUUGGCGAAUUCAAGAUGGACAUCAAGAAUGGCAGGGGAGUAGAGACCUGGUCGGACGGUACCGUAUUUGAGGGAGAAUUCAAAAACGGUGACAAGGUCGGCAGGGGCAAAAUUCGUUUCCCGGACGGUUCUACGUAUGAAGGCAGUUUUAAGGCCGAUUUGAUUGAUGGCAAGGGCGUUUACGUGUGGGCGAACAAGUGCAAGUACGACGGAGCGUGGAAGGAGGGUCUCAUGAACGGCUCAGGAGUGUACACAUGGCCGGGUGGGCAGUACAGCAAAUAUGAAGGUGGCUUUCAAGAUGGUCUACGGGAGGGCAAGGGGAAACUCCACGUGAGAGACGGCAGGCGAUACAGCGGGGAAUUUCACAGAAAUAAGAUGCAUGGACAACUCUUCGAAAUUAUGCCUAGCGGCAAGAAGCGCGUGGGUAAGCCUAUUUCGGCUAGACACCUUGAGAAGGGGCCUCAGCACGAGGCCUCCCUCCCUGCGUAG